CCGCAGUCCCCGCCUGCCCUAGUGCUCUUUAGCGGAGGAGGAGCCGAGACCCUGAGCUGCAGCCGCGGUGGUGGCGUCCGGAGGUCCCACAGCUCUGCUGCUCCGAGCGCGCGACUAUCGGGGAAGGUCUACAUCAGACAGUCACUGGAAUGCUACCUCAGGCCUUAGAAGACAGUGAAACUAAUGUUAAAGGGCCCUUAUCCCUGUACCUGCCUACUGAAGGAAAAUUAGAUCUCCUUUAGUUCGGAACUGGGAGCAAGAGCCUUUGCACCUGCGGCCCAGCUCUGUCGGAAACUCUUGAGUCAGCCAUGGGUCAGGAAUCUAGCAAGCCUGUUCGGCCCAAAUCAGCAGGAGGGUAUCAAUCUGAUGCAGACAGGGGUUAUGGAAGGAGGCAUGCUUAUGUCAAUUUCAGGCAACCCACGAGCCAGCAGGACCGGAUUGCCAGCCCGAGAAGGACAACAUCCGAAGCCCCAAUGCACAGAUCAGCCCCCAAUCAAACUAAGAGGAGCCGCUCACCAUUUGCCAGCACACGCCGUCGUUGGGAUGACUCCGAGAGCUCAGGAGCCAACAUGAAUGUUGGGAAUGAGAAUUAUUCCAGGUAUCCUCCAAGAGAGUACAGGGCCUCAGGGAGCCGAAGAGGAUUGGCUUAUGGACACAUUGACACUUUGGGGGCGCGUGAUAGUGAGGAGGAGGGGGCUGGGCCUGUUAACAGACUGCCAGUACGAGGGAAAACUGGCAAGUUUAAGGCUGAUCCAGAGAAGGGGGCAAGGUCUCCUCGCUUCUCUGGCCCUCGCCGCCGCCGCCGUAAUGCGAAAGAGGAACGUGGCAAGGUAGACCCGCCCCCUGCUGCACGGUCCUCUGGUACCAGAGCUGAGUUCGUGAAGCAGAAUGGCAUGGCCUCUCAGAUGGCCUCUGCUGAAGGCAGGGCAGCUGCAAAGGGUAGCAACAAUGUGGAGAGAGGGAGGCAGAAUGUACCUGCGCGUCCUAGCAGGGCUCCUGUGAGUAUUUGUGCUGGGGGGGGAGCCACCGCAAAGAGCGCAGAGGAACCGGUGGUGAGACCAAAAAUCCGCAAUGUGGCGACUCCAAGCUGCGUGAAACCAAAAGUGUUUUUUGAUACUGAUGAUGAUGACGAUGUACCACACAGUAAUCCCAGGUGGAGAGAUGCUGCCAAUGCUGAUGCUGAGGAAGCCCGUGCAGAGGCCCUCCCAAGAAGAGGCCGAAGUGAGGGGGCAGGCAACUCCUCUGAGCUGAAGUAUCCUGAAGACAAGAAGGAUAACAGGAAUGGGCAGGCGAAAGCAGAGAAGGUGUCCAGACGGCGGCGAACCAUGGCUGACCGUGACUUCUGGGCAUACUCUGACGAUUACUACAGGUACUAUGAAGACGACUCUGACAGUGAGAAAGAGUGGAUGUCUGCUCUGCACUGGAAGUAUCGAAGCCGGGAGCAACCCCAGCCUUCCAAUGGGGAAAGCUGGGAGCCUCUGCCAGGAAGGGAAGAACUCCCUCAGCAAGCUCAAGGGAGUGUGAACACCAGCGGAGCUGGGAGCCUUGCCAGUACCAGCGUUGGCAGCAAUGGCAAUGGCUAUCCCGAAGAAGUGCAAGAACCGUCUCUUCAGGAAGAAGAGCAGGCCUCUCUGGAAGAAGGAGAAAUUCCUUGGCUCCGGUACAAUGAGAAUGAAAGCAGCAGUGAGGGGGAGAACGAAUCCAGCCACGAGCUGAUACAGCCUGCGAUGUUCAUGCUGGAUGGCAACAACAACCUGGAAGAUGACUCCAGUGUGAGCGAAGACCUAGAAGUGGACUGGAGCCUGUUUGAUGGCUUUGCGGAUGGGAUGGGGGUGGCGGAGGCCAUCUCCUACGUGGAUCCGCAGUUCCUCACCUACAUGGCCCUUGAAGAGCGCCUGGCCCAGGCGAUGGAGACUGCUCUUGCUCACCUGGAGUCUCUCGCCGUUGAUGUCGAAGUGGCUAACCCACCCGCAAGCAAGGAGAGCAUUGAUGCACUUCCUGAGAUCCUGGUCACCGAAGAUCAUGGUGCCGUGGGCCAGGAAAUGUGCUGUCCUAUCUGCUGCAGUGAAUAUGUGAAGGGGGAGGUGGCAACCGAGCUGCCGUGCCACCACUAUUUCCACAAGCCGUGCGUGUCCAUCUGGCUUCAGAAGUCCGGCACCUGCCCCGUGUGCCGCUGCAUGUUCCCUCCCCCACUGUAAAGGCCAUGGCUCGUCACUCUUAGCCUGGCUAAUUCCCUAUCUAACACCCACAAUAAUACAGGAGCCCGCUUUCAAAAUUAACACUGGCCAUAAAAUCUGUCGGUCAGUUACGCUAAACUUGUUGAUUCCUUGUGAUUAUUUCCAAUGUGAAAAUGGUUGCGUGCAAUUACAUUUAAAAAUCAUUCUUUCAUUUAGAAGGUAGAAAAGGGAAACUAAACUUUCUAAAUGCUACUUGAGAUUGCAGCAAGAACAUAAAUUUUCUAACCUGAAAGUUGAAACAAAUCAUAUUUGUUCUGUAGACUAUGUUACUCUUACUUGUUGAUGUCAAGUUUAUCUGUUAAAUACGUUGGAAAGAAAAAAAUCACUUUCGUUGCAUGUUAUGGGUUAAUGUUCCUGUAUUUGCAGUGGUGUAAAAGCUUAUUAAAGUUCUCCUUUUGGUUUGGCACAGUACAAUGGCAUCGUUUGGGCUUUGUCUGAAACGGUGUUACCAGGUAACUAUAAAUUCUUCCCAGCUCUAGAAAAAACUGUCAUUUUCACUAGAAAUUCUCAUCAGAACACCAAAGACCUAUAAGAAACAGGAAUAAGGUAUGUGAUUGUGUUCUGUGUGGAAAAGAUUGACUAGAGAGAGAGAGGAGAGAGAAAAUACCCACAAAGAAACGGGUAAAAAUAAAUCCAAACUGUGGGGGUGAACAAGUUCAAAUCACCUUUGAGAAGAUGGAAACUCGCAGAAUGGGUAAAAAAAAAAAAAAAGAUCUGAAUGCCAGUUACACAUCUUAACAUAGUGACACAAAUAGGGACACCCCAACAGAGUGCUGCAGGACAGCCACGGCAAAUUCGUUUAACAGCUGGCCAUGGUUCUUCAAAUCCACCUCUAGGAUAGAACUCAGACACAAGUGAAUUCCUCACACCCUAUUUCCCUUCAUUCAGCCACAGAGGUAAGCACUGCCGAGAAAAUGGUGUGAACUCCUUGUCUCUAUCUCUAGACAUAUACACUCUGUGUGUGUGUGUGUGUGUCCCCAUAAACAGCUGGGUUUGUUUCUAAACUGGACGUAGUUGGUGGAAUGUGUGUGCUCUCAUUUUGCAGCUUGACUUUUUCACUCCCAUGUUCUUUUUUUUUUUUUUUUUGCAUUGGAUACAUUAACCCUUUUGGUUGAUGUUUAGAUUCUCACCAGCACUGAAUAUAAUAGAAAUACCCCUUUG